CUCGACAUUGUCACCCUAACCCUAUGGCAUACGGUCGAGGAUUUCACUUAAGGAUUUUAUUUUGGCCUUUUUUCUGCCGUUGUCGAGGGCAGCAGGAUAGCGGUGGCGGACCUGCGUGCCUAGGAGGCGCACUCCGCUGCCUCCCCGCGCGCCAAUCGCACCCCGCAGACCCGCCUGCCAGCCGCGUGGGAUCCCUGAAGCAACCCCCGCGGGGACCCGGUGGGGGCCACGUUGGAGUGGAUUCGCGGCGGCUGUAUCGCGGAUAUCUGCUUCCUCGGCGGCGGAAUUCAAUUAGGAUGUUGACGUUGGACGGAGAACGCCUCUUUGCAAACACCAUAAAAUCGAUGUCGGGCGCAUCGGCGCGGCGGCCGAGCACCCCUUCGCGCUCCGUGCAGCCUCCCCUCGCAUCUCGCAACCCCGAACAGCAAGAGAGUGUGCCCGCUCGUCCGUCCGCCUGCAACAAGACAAAUUGAGAGCCCAUUACUCAUCGCGGCGCCCAUGCAGCCCGCUUUUUGUGCCACCGCCGCACCUUUUGCCCGAAUUUGCCUGCUCACUGGCUGCAGCCUACUGAUGGGCCGUGCGAUUCAUGCAAAAAGCCGCCCGCUUUUUCCUCAAAUUGCGCUCGGCUAGCUGCGGCACUGAUUUGUGAAGUUGCGGCUCGAUUUGGCGCUGAAGUGAAGGCCUACGUUUAGGAAUGUCUUGGGGCCCAGGUGGAACUUUUCUGCUGCCUCUCCUGGCACUCAUUUCAACUUCAAAGGCUUUGCAACUCUCGACGCAGCAAACUUCAGUUUCGGCAGCUGAGGAGGCACUCGAGUCUGCUCUGGACACGCUGACCAUCAAGAGCUACUUAUGCGGACAGACAGCCGAGCCAUUCGACCAUCCCCACCUGCUGCACAAUGCUUCCCCUGCGCUCAUCCAACCACACCUGCAGACGGCACGCGAAGCAGGCGCUUUACUCUCUGUGUUGCCCCCUGACGUGGGUCCCAAGGGGUUAGGUCUGCUGUGGCGCACCCUGCGCACUCCUCGCACCCCCGCCUCACCACUAGGCCUCGUAUUUCUCGACACUUCCAAAAAGCCAGUGUUGCUGAUGAAUGACUCUGGCCUGGAACUCGCCGCCAACAACAACACCAUCGCCCAGCGGUUCGCGCACCUGGCUGCCGCCCUCGAAGCACCCUUUAACUCUUCCGGCCCGAUCUGGAGCCGGCCCUUCUGGGACUGUGAUGGCUCCCAGUCCCAGUGGGUUUUGGCCGCCAUCUUCCCUGUAUCUGGCAGAGGUUCUUUGUCCUUACUACUGCCUCUCAAGUACUUGGAUAUCGAUCAGUGUGACGAUGGAAAUGAUUCGCUGUUUAAGGCAACCCAUAAGUGCGACCCAGCCACAUCCACGUGCAUCUUUGUGCCAGGCAAAGGGUUUUGUUCAGGCAGCUACUCCUGCCGCUGCAUCGAAGGCUUCUUUGAUCCAGAUGGUCCCGACAACUGGACGGGCACACUUGCGAGCACUGAAGUUCCGUUGGGGCCCCGUACGUGCGUGCGAUGCCCUGAUGAGUGCCAGCCGUGCAAGGAUGGCCUAUGCGAAGCACAGCUACAGCCGACCCUGCGUGUCACGCUGCUCGCCACCCAGGCCGUCUGCAUGGCAAUCACUCUGAUCGUAUCAAUCACCCUCUUUAGGAACAGAAAAAGAAAGCCAAUCUCAUCAAGUAUGUGGACCAUGUUGGAAACGAUUUUGUUUGGUACUUUUCUGCUAUAUGCGGCAGUUUUGGUGCGUUUCUUCAAUCCAUCAGUUGAAUUUUGUCUACUUGAAACCUGGUGCCGGGAGUUCGGUUUCGUUAUCUGCUACGGGGCAAUCAUUCUUAAGCUAUACAAGAUUUUAAUUGAAUUCCGCACGCGGAAGGCGCAUCGUUGGGUGGUCAGAGAUAAGGAUCUGCUCAAGUACUUAACAGCUAUGGUGCUGAUUGCUUUUGUUUAUUUGGCUGGCCACACAGCCACCGCACUUCACACCCUGCAGGAAAGGCCUGGUGCGUUGAUGACCAGAGGACGCACUCUUCAGGGCGUCUCUUUCCCGACAUGCAAACCCCUUUGGUGGGAGUUGGUGACGCAGGCCGGCGAGCUGGGCCUGUUAGUUUUCGGCCUACACCUCAGCAUAGCAAGCAGGAACGCAUUCACGCAAUACCGCGAGCGAGAGUUCCUGUGCGCGGCCCUGGUGGUCGAGCUCCUGGUCAGCGGGCCCUUUUACGUACUAAGGGCUCUCGCUUGGCCACACCUGCACCCUGACAUGGCCUUCUCCGCCUACGUGGCCCGCUCCCAAUUAACCAACUCCAUCGUCCUGCUGCUCAUUUUUGUUCCAAAGUGGUGGUACUGCCACUUGGCCGCCAAGCAAAAGCCAAACACGCGGCCGUACCCACUGCUUGGUGAGGUUCCGGCACCAGCCAGUCCGGCACUGGGCGCCUGCGUGGACGCCGACUUCGCGGAGGUCAGCCUGGCUGACAUGAAUCCAGAUGACAUUCGGGAAAUGUACCAGGCGGAGCUGAAGCGACUUUACACUCAACUGGAGGUGCUCAAAAAUAAAACUAUCCGUUACGACAACCCUCACAUUUCCAAGCGACGCGGAGGGCGCAAGGUAGCGCACAGGCGCUUCUCCCUUCAGAAGAAAGGCAGUCGUGAAAAGGCUCUGCAUCACCGGCAGAAGUCGUCCAAGCAUCACGGUCAUCAUGAAAACGAGGACGGGGCUGAAGUUUCGCGCACGCCCGAGGACUCGGUGUGCAGUAUUGAAGGCCCUAGUGCAAUCUACAACGACGGGCCUUCAGUGGCCUACAGCGAGCACGGCCGCAAAUGAGCGAAAGGCGGCCCCUGAGCCCUUGCAGCCAGGCAAAUGCCAGAUAUUUUGCCCAAAAUCUUGAAUAUCAGACCAAGACUGUUUUAUGGAGGUUGGAGCUAAUUGAGAAUUUCGCUUCGGUCCACUGGAAAGCUGUUAACACAAGUGGACGUUUGUUUAUUAUUUGAUCUCACCACGUUCGAUUGUAAAAGAAGUCACCAUAAUUUUGGCAAAAUAUCCGGCUGGUUCAGGCACUGCACUGCAGGGCGCAGAAUGUGCUUAAAUCCAAUGUUAGAAAGCAGCUUGGACCAAAGAUUGUAUUAGACAAUAGAUAGGUUACUAGAAUAUAAGGUCCUCAUCUCGAUCAAUGUUUGACCGCAGGGUUGCCGCGAGCAUUUACUAAUUACAGACAAGCUAAGAGAGAAACUAACCCGCCACUAAUUUAUAUAAAAUAUUAAAUGAAGAAAAUAUAUAUUCAAGUGUGUUCAGCCCCCUCAAAGGAUGUAUGCAAUCUUCGCGACAAAGUUGACAAACGUCAACAAAAAAUAAAUCGAGGAUUGAAUGAAAAUAAACGGUUUUAAAAAAUCUCCCUGGCAAUGCAUCUCUCAAAUCAAUUGCUGUCUGGAUGAGAGUGUUCUUACAGAGUGAAAGGGAUAAACGCGCUGCAGAUAAACCGCGAAACAAGUUAACGCAUUUAUUAUAUCUGAUAUAUUAUGUAAUUUUGCGUGUUCUCUGCUAAUUUAUUAAGCACACAAAUUUUCAUAUAAACACGGAAGUGCAAAAUGUAUUUUAAAAUAUCAGUUUUCUUGUAUCGACAAUGGGUAUUUUCUGUGCUUUUGAUUUGGCGCCAUGCAAGCGCACUCAGCAAAUAAUGAAGAAAUAUUUGUGUACCUCUGGGGUGGAUUUUUAAUAUACACAACGCAUAAAUAGCCAUCAACAUGUGAUAAUGUUGGAAUGAAAGUGAAAACACUGAAAAUGUUUCACUAAAGUGCAAAUGUGAGAGAUCGAUGAGAAAAUAUUAAACAUAUUAUAUUAUGUUGACACGCCUGAUAGCAGGAUAAUGUGUAAUAGUUGCGUAAUACAAAAUAAAGUUCCCUUAUUGAAAUGUGGAAAGAAUAAUAUAAA